AUGCCCAAGAGCAAGAAGACACCACGAUCUCAACCGGUGGAUCCUCACCAGAAUACGGCUACGGCAUAUUUACAAUUGGACGGCAGGACACUUGAAGGGGGCGGGCAGCUCGUCCGCAACGCUCUGGCCUUAUCUGCGAUUACUCGCCAACCUGUCUCUAUUCACCACAUCCGCGGUAAUAGACAGGGCAAGGCAGGGUUGAAAACCUCCCAUACAGCGGCGGUGCAGUUUCUCGCAGACAUCACUGGGAGUGAGAUCUCCGGUGUCCAGGUUGGGUCUCAGUUCCUCAGCUUCGUCCCAGCUCCCAGGCCAGAUGGUACAUCUGCUGCUGUUAAAUCAGAAUAUGAGAUCCACCUCCCGACUGCCGGUUCUAUCUUUUUGGUCUUCCAGGCGGUUUACCCGUAUCUGUUGUCUGUGGCGACGGAGCCUCUCCGGCUGGAUUUACGAGGGGGUACGAACGUGUCGUUCUCGCCAUCCUAUGACUAUGUUGCGCAGGUGUUGACACCGAAUUUUCGAACGAUGGGUCUGCCUCAGUUAUCUAUCCAUCUGCAUAAACGUGGCUGGUCAGGGCCUAAUGUCCUCGGAGAUGUCUCGGUGUUGAUUCAUCCGCUAGGAUCGUCGCCAACUGAGGACAAGGAUCAUGGGAGGGCUUCGAAUAAAGGGACCACCGGCUUUCACUUCCCGUUUAUUGACCUGACACGUUAUGGACGGGGCAAAGUCACAGCGAUAGAGAUCACUGUCCUCGCAUCAGAUGAACCCAUGCAUUCUGGGCCCCCAGGCGAGGGUUUGAACCGGCAAUCCAGCGCCGAAGAAAACCUGUCAAUCCGUCAAUUCACAGAGCAAGAGAUCCAGCAGGCGCUGAGACUCAAGAUUAAAAGUCUUCCGUCGUCAGUGUUUCAGACCAACACUAGUCAGGUGUGCUCUGAGACACUCGUGCCGAUCAAUAUCCAUACCUCCGAAGCGACAGGUCACCGGUCUCACAUGUACUUACUCAUCGUCGCGCAUACCACGACAGGACUGCGCCUUGGAAGAGAUGCCCUGUUCGGCGAUGGAGGCGGAGUGAGAGAUAGAGACAGAAAACGCGAGUCAGGCGCCCAAAGAAAGCAGAGAGACGCCUCCCACGCUUCAUCUCCGCGCAGACCUCGCGGGCGUAGCAUGGAAUCACGAGCAAGAGAGCUCGUGGAGCGAUGCGUCGACUCAUUUGCAGAGGAGCUCUUCGACGAGAAACGCAAAGGCAGUCCUGGAAGGAUGGAGGAAGGAAAAGAGAAACCGUGUGUGGAUGUUUUCAUGCGCGACCAGAUGGUAGUGUUUGAGGCUCUAGGAAGGAUGUCCAGGAGAGGAAUACCGGGGGGCAACGGGAAAGGGGAAGAGGAUAGAGCUGCAGGUCCCUAUCGCGAGGAUGAGGGGUACUGGAGUCUUCACACGCAGACGGCCAAGUGGGUAUGCCGGCAACUGCUGAAAGAGUAG